AGGGUAUAAUAUACGUUCAAAAGGCAUAUGGCGGACGUUUUAUAUAUUUUUGCAUCGAAAACUGAUGAAUUCUUUUAGUUAUGAGUAUCUUGUGACCGCUAGAGCGUAUUUGUUAAAAUUAGAUGGUAAACGUUAGUUUUAAUGUGUAAAUAAAUAUAUUAUAAUCUAGAGUCUUGUAUAUAUUGAUAGUAUUUUAGUGCGUGGACGUUUUGAUCCGUAUUGAAAACGAAAAGUCUGUGAUAUAAACAAUACAUAGGUGAUAGAAUAAUUUCCUGUACUAUUUGUAAAUAUUGUAAAGUUAUUUUAGAAUUCUAACAAAGUUAAUAUAUUGAGAGAAGACUGAAAAAAUUGUGUUUGAUCUGAGACCUGCUAGCUAUGUCAGCUGUGAAUUUGUUGUCUUCUUUGAAGGAGAAACCAAUCGUCGAAAAUCCAAAUGAUGGCCCCAACGGCGAAGGUCACGACGACACCCAGGCACCAAGUGGGGGCAGUGACCCGGCGGUCCUCGCGGUGGGUCCUGCGCGGCGCCCGCUUACCUACACUAGAGAAGAACUUAUGCGCCUGCGCAACUCACCACUCGUCAAGAAGGGGCUCGAGAACGCAUUCGCCGGUUGCGACGCCCUGGCGCUGGUGUUGAAACGACGUUCCGAUUCACCGAAUGAAGAUGAUAGAGGAGCGAGGGGGGACGCCCCCAACGAAAACCAUAAGGGCGUGUACGGGCGAGACCGCGAGCGGCGGUCGGCGGAUCCGCGAGAACGCGUGCGCAAGGAGAGCGAGCCGAGCGGCGGCGGGGGCGGCGGGGGCGGCGGGGGCGGCGUGGGCAUCGUGCUGUCGCCGCAGCGCCGCUCGUUCACGUCGGGGUGUGGAGCGCCCGCCGCCGCGCUGCCGCACGUGGCGCCGCACGUGGCGCGCACGCGGCCAGACUCGCCGCUCUCGGCCGCCGCGCCCCCGCCCGCCGCACCGCACCAGCACCACAACGCGCCCGCCAAGCCCGACCAAGCCGGAGGACGACGCAUCGGGUCCGGGCGGAUCAUGGUGCGGGACGUGCCCAGCGGUGGCUGGGAGGAGGGCGAGUACCCGCGCCCGGAGCCCUACCGCCCGCCCCGAGACUCCCGCGCCAACAACGACAGAUUUGAUCGCCGUUCGUUCAGCCGAGACUCCUAUUCCUCUGACAUCAAGAGGGAGCGGGACGAUCGAUUCAACAACGAGAAAACGCGAGACAGAGAGGACAACCGUAGAUCUGGUGGUCGCUUUUCUCAACGACGUUUUGAGAAAGAAGAUGAACCCGAAUGGUUUAGUGGAGGGCCGACAUCUCAACUGGAGACUAUUGAACUACGCGGUUUCGAUGAGCCGAUAAAGAAAAACACCAAACAGAAUAGUAAUAAUAAAGAGACUGAGAAAUGGAACAACAGCGGCGGAUCACGGUCGCCAGCCGCAGAUCGAACCGAGCGGUCGGAAAGGUGGCGCGAUACAUCAUCGCCCAACGACUCGCAGCCAACGAUCAACGCCAAUGCUAACAACAACGGCAACAGCAACAAUUCUACCCACAACCCAGCCAAUGAGAACGAUUCAAGUAUGGAGAUAAAGACAGAGGAGCCGCAGCUGAACAACGACCACCCUGAGUUCAAUCUUGACGAUUUCCUCAAAUUCGAUUCCAUACCUGAUGUACUUACUAACGGCGGUGGCGAGUCAGAGGGCGGAAGUCGUUUCAGCCGCUGGUUCCGACCCGAAAGUCCUACUAACGAUAGACACUACGAACGGCUACUGCAUAAUAUUGUUGAUGAUUUAGACAGCACGACGCAUAUAGAGCAGCCGAUGAACUCUGGCAUGGGCGGCGGGUCCCCGCAGCACGUGUUCGCGCCUAUCUCCCCGGCGGGCGGGCCCGCGCCUGCCGCCCGCCUGCCGUCGCUGCUCGACCUGCUGCGGCAGGCUAACGCCAACGCCAACGCCAACGCCGACCACAGGCCCGCCAUGAACUCAGCCGGAGGCAAGAUGCAAAGCCUCGAGGAGUUGGAGGCGCGGUUAAGACCUCAACACCCGUCUGCUCACCAUCCAGGGCCUGACCAUGACCUCUCUGCCUUCAAGCGACUCCUGGCGCAGGUCUCGGGCGGGCACGCCGUGCCGGCGGCGGAGCCCGCGCCGCGCCCGCCGCUCCACCACCACCCGCACCACCACCACCACCACCACCAACCGCACCCGCACCACCCGCAGCAGCAGCACGCCAGCCUGCUGCAGAUGCUGAACAAGGCCGCCGACCACAAGCACCAGCAGCCGCAGAUACCCUCGGAGCUCCUAUACAAGCUCCUACAGGUUCAGCGUCAGCAACAACAACAACAACAACACCAGCAACAACAACCGCUCGAUUUAGGUAUGCACAGCGCGGACAGAGAAUUGCUGCAGAGGCCUGAAGCUCAGGCAAUCGUACAUGGUUUGAAAGCGGGAGAAAUUACUGUGCAACAUCUCAUUCAGCAAUUAAGUAACCCUGGGCUGCAGAGUCGGCAUCGGGAACUUCUACAGACCAUACUCAGGCUUUACCAGCAGAGACAGAUGGGCGGUUCUCCGCUGCCGGGUGGCGUGGCGGGCGUGGCGGGUGUGGGGAGCGUGGGCGGCGUGGCGGGCGUGACGGCGCCGCACCUGGUGCUGCCGCCGCACCACCAGCCGCUGCGACUCUCGCCGUUACCGCAUCCAGGCGUGCCGCCACGUAUACCAUCACCUCGCGAACUGGUCGCCCACACGCAGUCCAUAAUGCAAGGCGCCCUCAUAAAGAAGAAGCUAGAAGAACAGAAGGAGAACUUCCGUCGCCGGCAUGAGAUGCAACAACAGCCGAAACAGUCUACACCCAUCUCUUUUACACCCACCUCGGUUCUACGUAAAAUGACAGCGGAGAAGGAAUCAGAAGCGCCCAGUCCAAAGCAGCAACAGUGGGGGCAGCCCUUGAAGAUGCCACAAGGAAGGCCCAUAGUCAAAGGCAAUCAAAGUGGGGCGCCUCCAAACAUGGCCUACGCACCCGACUACCAGCAGCAAUAUCUCACGCAGCAACAGCAAAUGGUGGGUGGGGUGCGCCCUUUCCCAGCACAUUCGCAGCAGAGACAACAGGUUAGUCCACAGUAUAAUAAUGUGAACAAUAUGCGCGGUGUGGCCGGCGGCGCCACAUUGCAACAACUCCUCGUGCAAUCACACCAACGGACGCUCAGUGAAAUGGCAGGCGGUGCAGGUUCGGGCGGCGGUGAUAACCAGCUAGCGCGGUGGUUUUCUCCAGAAUUGCUAGCGCGUGCCUCCGCGGGCAAACUGCCCUCUGUCCACGUGCCCAACGCACUCUCCCUCGAAGACUUGGAGCGGCAUCACCACUCACCAGCGCCCCCUGUCCGCAACUGAACCGAACUGCGCCAACGGUAUUGACAGCCCUCGUCCGUUCAGCAACAACCCUGUUCGACCGCACUCGAUGACUUCGAAAUUGAAUGUGUUAGCAAAUUAUAGCCAAUUAAUAUUGUUACCAUCGAAUAUUGUUCGUUUUAUCAACGGUAAAUAUUGUAAAUUCAUUCGAUAUUUAAAAGGCAGAUUUUUCUUACUUGUCGUGUUCAAUAAUGAUAAAAUUAAAAGUAAUAAUCUAAAAUGGUAUAAAAAGCAUUUAUCCUAGCAAAUUGUAUAGUAAUCAGAUGUUUUAUAAUAAAAAGAUUUUAAUAAAGACAAGUAAAGAAAAGUAGACUUGCCAUUCAACACAGAA